GUAGCUCUAUUGAUGUAUAACUUUUAACUUUAGCUGAAAAGUAAUUUUAGCUAAACUUUUUGGUUAAUAAUCAAAAUUAACCGAAAUCGUACCAUAACCGAUUAAUUAUAACCAAAGUUAGCGGUUAUGAUUAUGAUUAAUGAUAAAAACCGAACCAAACCCAUCCGUACACACCCUAAACCUAUGUGAUGUCCUCUGACUAAAAGCCUUUCAGACGCUUGAAUUGGAGGGAAAAGGGGGCAGUUUGUACCACGGAGAGAGAGAAAGAGAUGCCGGUGGCGCGACCAGAAACGUCGGAUUCCAGGAUCAUUGCUCACGUCGAUAUGGAUUGCUUCUACGUUCAAGUGGAGCAACGGAAACAACCUCAUUUGAGAGGUCAACCCACUGCUGUGGUUCAAUACAACUCUUGGAAAGGUGGGGGUCUGAUUGCUGUCGGUUACGAAGCUAGAAAAGACGGUGUUAAACGCUCAAUGAGAGGCGAUGAAGCAAAGAAAGUUUGUCCCAAAAUUCAGUUGGUCCAAGUCCCAGUGGCCCGUGGUAAAGCUGACUUGACCAUAUAUAGGAAUGCCGGUUCAGAGGUUGUUUCUAUUCUUGCAAGAAAGGGGCGAUGCGAGCGGGCGUCGAUUGAUGAGGUGUACCUUGACCUUACUGAUGCUGCUGAGACAAUGUUGAAAGAAACACCGUUAGAAAACUUGGAAAAUAUUGACGAAGAAGUUCUUAAAUCACAUGUUUUGGGGCUUAGUUUGAAUGAAAACGAUGAGAAAGAAAUUGUGAGGGAAUGGCUGACGAGAAGAGAUGCUGAUCACCGUGAUAAACUGUUAGCAUGUGGAGCUAUUAUUGUUGCUCAACUCCGGAUGCAAGUUUUACGGGAGACUGAGUUUACAUGUUCUGCAGGCAUUGCUCAUAACAAAAUGCUGGCUAAACUAGCAAGUGGUAUGAAUAAACCAGCACAACAAACUAUUGUUACUUCGGCAUCAGUAAAAGGGCUUCUUGAACCUUUGCCUAUAAAGAAAAUGAAACAGCUUGGCGGGAAGCUUGGAAGUUCCUUACAAACGGACCUCGGAGUGAAUACCGUUGGAGAUCUAUUGCAGUUUUCUGAGGAAAAACUACAAGAUAUUUACGGUUCUAAUACAGGUACGUGGCUAUGGAAUAUUGCAAGAGGUAUUAGUGGAGACGAAGUUGAGGGUCGUUUGCUUCCUAAAAGCCACGGGUCUGGGAAAACCUUUCCCGGAGUUCAAGCCCUAAAAAGUCUUGCUGCUGUUGAAAAAUGGCUCAAAGAACUAUGUGAAGAGUUAAGUGAACGAUUACAGAUCGAUCUAGAAACAAAUAAGCGAGUUGCACAUACGCUUACUCUGCAUGCUAAUGCAUACAAGUCCACAGAUACCGAUUCACACAAAAAGUUCCCUUCUAAGUCAUGCCCUUUGAGAUACGGAGCAGGGAAGAUUCUAGAAGAUUCCGUAAAUCUUUUCCAAGCUGGCUUACGUGAAUUCCUCGGGUCAUACAUGAGUCCUGUAGGUGGUGGUUGGGGAAUUACUGGUCUUUCUGUUACAGCCAGUAAAAUUGUUGCCAUACCAUCUGGAACUUCUUCAAUUACAAAAUACUUUCAUGGUCAAGAUCGGUUUCACACCUCAUCUGAACCGUCUGAUGAAAAAUUUGCACCGAAAGAUGAUAAUUUGUCGCCAUCAAGGACUGAAAGCCAUUCAGCCUCUCAUCUAACCGAAUGUGACGGGGAACGGACUCCAAUGACACAUGAUACUUUCACUUUCGAUCAACAUGAGACCGCGUGUAAAGAUGAGGCUACUGAAAGCUGUUUGACUUCACAACAUCAUGAACCACAACCAAGGGUACCGAAUACUAAUGACGGAAAGCGAACAUAUGAGCAGAAAAGGAAAGCAACAAAAGAAAAGGGAACAUCUUCCAUCUUGAGAUUUUUUCAAACCAACAGUUGCUCGUCGUCAAGUCAAGAAACAAAAUGUUUGUCGACAGGGGCACAAGAAGCAUUGGGUAUGGAGAGUGAAAUUUUGACAGAAAGUCAGAAUAAAGUAAGAACAAAUUCAUGGCGCUACAAUGUAGAUGAAAUCGACCAAUCGGUGGUUGAAGAGUUACCACCAGAAUUACAGGAAGAAUUGCGUACAUGGCUUCGGCCUCAGAAGCAAGCAAAACCGAGCACAGUGAAACGAGGUUCUAGUAUUGCUCAUUAUUUCUCCCCUAACAAAAACGAACACACGAAUCUUAAGAAAUCCUAGAAGCAUGAAGGAAAUUUGUCAGUUUUACAAUUAUGUAUUUUUUCUGUGUAAAUAUUUAUAAUGCAAGAUUUUAUAUAUCAAGGUUAUUUUCCAUCAUUA